AUGGCUGCGCAGAGGAAGAUGUUAACGGUGCUGAGUAUCGACGGAGGUGGCAUUCGAGGCCUUAUCCCCGGCACCAUUCUUGAUUCCCUCAAAACCAUGCUUCAGGAAUUGGAUGGACCGGAUGCAAGACUAGCAGAUUAUUUCGACGUCAUUGCCGGGGCAAGCACCGGUGGUCUGAUAGCCACCAUGCUUGCUGCUCCAAACGAUCAAGGCCGACCCUUUAUUGUAGCAAAAGAUAUAAAAGAGUUCCUAUCUGGAGCAUGGCCCCAAGAUAUUCCUCAAGGACAGGUCAUUUCUAAUGGCUUCUAUUUGUUACUUUCUCUGAGCAGAAUAAAUUUUAAAGGUCUUAUUUUUUUUAUUCUUUAG